CACUUGUGUGCUCGAGUCGCUGUCGAGGUUCGGCGCCUGAACGCACUGACAUAAAAAGUCGUGGCUCUAAAGUUUUAAUUCGAGACUUUUGGAAGCUAAAAUACAUUAAGAGAUGUUUUACCACAUCUCGCUGGAGCACGAAAUUCUCCUCCAUCCAAGAUAUUUUGGACCCAACCUUUUGAACACAGUCAAACAGAAACUGUUCACUGAGGUUGAAGGAACAUGUACUGGAAAGUAUGGCUUUGUUAUUGCAGUAACCACAAUCGAUAAUAUUGGAGCAGGUGUUAUACAGCCUGGCAGAGGUUUUGUGUUGUAUCCCGUCAAAUACAAAGCCAUCGUCUUUCGUCCCUUCAAAGGAGAAGUUGUGGAUGCUGUUGUCACUCAGGUUAACAAAGUUGGACUCUUUACAGAAAUCGGUCCCAUGUCUUGUUUCAUUUCUCGACAUUCUAUUCCCUCUGAGAUGGAGUUUGAUCCAAACUCAAAUCCUCCAUGCUACAAGACAGUCGAUGAGGACAUUGUGAUCCAACAAGAUGAUGAAAUUCGACUAAAGAUUGUGGGAACUCGAGUGGACAAGAAUGAUAUUUUUGCCAUUGGAUCUCUAAUGGAUGACUACCUGGGUCUUGUGAGCUGAUUCUUCUGCCGUGAAUUUGGGAAAUAUGAGAGUUGUUGCUGUGGUGAUGAUACAUAGUCUGUGUAUAUACUGUAAUUAUUUCCCCAUUCAUUUAGAUUAGUUAGUUUUUUUUUUUUUUCCAUUUUCUGUUUUUAUUGUCUCCUUUUAUCCCUAUGUUGGUAGUAAAGUUUAAAGUUCAAUUUUGGAACCAAAUGAAGUUGAAUGGGAACAAAGAGUAGCUCAGCAGUGGCUCUACAUCACGUGUCAAACUCAGUUGCUGAAGGGCUGCAGCUCUGUUUAGUUCCAACCCUAGUUAAACACACCUGAUCCAACUAAUUGAGUCCUUCAGGCUUCUUUGAGAGCUUCAGGUAAAUGUGUUGAAGCAGGGUUGGAACUACACUGUGCAGAGCUGCGGCCCUCCAGGAACUGAGUUUGACACCCCUGCUCUACAUGACAGAAAGAUUUAAUCCAGGGGUGUCUAAACUUAGUCCUGAAGGACCCAACUUCCUCCAACACACCUGCCUGAAGUCUAUACCUAGAAAGAGCUUGAUUAGCUGGUUCAGGUGUGUUUAAUUGGAGUUGGAACUAAAAUAUUAGGACACUGGCCUUCCAGGACUGAGUUUGGACACCCCUGACUUAAUCUAUAGUGAGGCAGCAGAGAACAUAGUAUAUUAAAUAUGCCUGUUGAAAGCUCUUGAGCAGGGUUGCCCAAACUAUCCUGCAUAGUCUCCUUCAACACACCUGCCUUGAAGUUUUUUUUUUACACAUAGAAAGAGUUUAAUCAGCUAGUUCAUGUGUGUUUAAUUGGGGUUGGAACUAAAAUAUGCAGGACACCGGCCCUCCAGGAUCGAGUUUUGGCACAUCUGAUCUUGAGCAAAUUGACAUGUAUGUUUUGACUGUAAUUAUUCAUCACUUUGUUUUUAGAGUUCUAAAGUCUCGUUUCUAUAUAAGACCAUUUUUAUCAUGUUUUUGUAUAUGUCUGUCUGUACUUAUCUACUGCUCCUUUGUAAUACAGCACUCACAAAAUUUUGAA